AUGGCAAAAAGCUCUUUACUUCUUAGUAACAUAAACAGUAGUGUGAAAAAUAAGAUAGCUUCUUUACACAUAGAAGAGGUAGAUGGGGUGCAGGAGGUCACUUUCGACGAGAACUCUGCUUCCAUAUUGUUCAAUGACAGUAUAAUUGACGCAAACAGGUUAGUAGCAAUUAUAAAUAGCAACGAAGAUAUGGAUGGAGAGUUCCAAGAGGAAGAUAAAGGAGAAGAGAACAACCCAAUGAGCGAAUUUGUUCAUCGUGGAAAUGUGGACGAUGUAAACACGUUUACCUUUUAUCCGAAGGGUAAGGAGACAAAAGAUAAGCACAAUAAUAGUUAUGCUAAAAAUAUCGUUUGGGGAGAAAAUAUGGAAGAAGGGGUGAACUCGAGGGGGAUAAACGAUGGGGAUGAUGGAUAUGUGACUUUAGCAAAUGUAUAUGACGGUGAUGACAAUGAUGAAAAAGGAGCGAAUGGAAAAAUAAGUCGACAGUUUGAUAAUGCAUAUGCAAGGAGUUACAGUGGAGAGGGUUAUCAGGAAUUUUAUAGGAAAGACAUGAAUGAUGUGGCAGAUGGUGAUGCGCAUAAUAUGCAGACCGACGAAUGUCCUGGUGAAUGCCGCACUGGCGUUAGGGAUAACACCUUGAAAGAUGCCUAUAAUGGAAGAGGAGGAAUAAAUGGGCGCUCAGAGGAACGGGCGAUCAAGAAGACCGAAGUGGAAGGUGAGCAUGGAAGUGUUGAGAACCUCCCCCAUAGGGAAAAUUCCGCUACCUUCCAGAAGGUUAAGGAAACCAAAAGGAAGAAACAGCAGGGUAAGAAGCAGGGGAUGGAACAGUCGAACCGUGAAUGCUCAAAUAAGGACGGAUGCAAACAGGGAGAGAAUUUCGAGGAGAAGGAGGCACACUUACGUAAGGGAGAUUCACUCCAAAGUGGAGGAAGCCGAAGAGGAAAAAUCUUCCAAGAUUACGAAACGUACAGAGGAAAAAAAGAAAAUAUAUACAUUUGCGAACUGAGAAUUUACAACAUGACAUGUGAUAACUGUGGAAAUAAAAUUAUCAAUUUUUUAAAAGACAAAAAUUUAAUCCUAGAUGGAAAUAGUUUUGCAACAGAUAGUAAAGUGAAGUUAAAAUUAAACGUGUCUUCUGAGGGGGAUUCAUACCAGUCGAACAGCCGUUUCAAUUACCAAGGUAGCGAUAACAAUAGUGUAAAAAGUUUCGUGAACAAAAUAAUGAAUGAAAUAAAGGAGAGCGGAUUUAAUAACGACCUGAUAGACUUGUACAAGGAUGAAGAUAACCAUAAUAAGGGCAUCCUGUUUGACAUCACUCUGUAUGUAUUCAGGGACGACGUGAUUAAGGCGUAUGGUUUGUUGAAAAAUAUGAAGGGUAUUAAAAAUGUAGAAUACGAUGUGAAGCAUGAGUAUGUGUACAUUUUGUAUAACCCAGAUGUAGUCGGCAUUAGGUUCAUUUUGGAAUGUUUAAAAAAGAAGAAAAAUAUCGACGCCUACUAUGAUGAAGACAAAGAAAAAUAUUUUAGAAGCACAAGAAAUAACGAAAUGAAUAAUUCUCGUAAAUUAAUUGAACUUUUGUGUUGCUUUAUUUUGAGCAUUGUAAUUAUAGUCCUUAAUAAUUACCAAAUGAAUAUGGGUUCAAUGAAUGGAUUUUAUUCCUAUGGUAAUUACAAGAAUUACGUGAAGAUGCUUAAUUUAUUCCACGUCAAUGAUAGGAAAGGUGAUUUUGGAGGGGAAAGCGUUCCACAUGAGGAGAAGUCUGUUCAGUUGGAUGUGGAGAAGAACAAUUUUUUUUCCAGUCCUUUGCUCAACGAACGUUAUUUUACACAUGGGAAAGAAAGGCAGGAGAUAACCACAUCGGGUGAAAAUGCAUCUCAACCCGUUUUUAUUUCCGAUGUGGGAGGCAAUUCGAGAAAGGGGGAGUUGAAAGAAGUUGGAUCAAGUAAUGAGAAGAAGCAAAGUCUGGAUGAAGCUGAUUUUGACAAGAACGAGGGUAAGGGGAAAGACGAUUCGGUCAUCGCGCACCCGGAAAGCCUAGAUGUGAAGAUAUCUCAGGGUAAGGAAGUUAGUAAGAAGAUGGACCAUUUGGAGGAAGAUCCGGCAGAGGAGGAACAUGUAGAAGGACUCAACGUUGCAGAUGAAAAAUCUGGAGAGACGAACACGAAGGAGAAACAAGCAGAAGAACACGGAAAGGAUAAAUUAUCCCCUUCUGAUAAAGUACAAUCGAAAAUGUAUGAAGAAAAUCCUUCGAAGGAUGAGGAAGGAGCAGAGGAUGUCGUGGGGAAAAAUGUGCACAGUUCGAAGAAGAUUAUUCCGAACUCUAACUAUUUUCAGAAAACUUCUUCAAAUGGUAAAGAUAUUAAAAAAGGGAGUAUGACCGAGAUUGGCGAGAUGGAUUUUCUGUUUGACUUUCGACGGGAUGACAAGCAGAAAAAGGGGGGAAAGGGAGGGAAACGUACAGGAACGUCUAACGAUGUAGCUGCGUCCGCAGAAGGUGCUGUGCUGAGGAAGGAUCCUCAUCCCAGGGGAAACUCCGUGGCACAUUUUCACGCUCGCUUCAACAGAGGUGGAAGCGCGAAGGGGAAAGGCGUAGAUUCAGGAAGAGAAAUGAAAAGAGCAUCUUCCCAAGAGGAAAACAUUAAAAGAGAGAAAGAACAAGAAAAUUGUAAAAUGGCGAAAGAGAAGAACCCGGAGGGGGAAUCAAAAGGAAGUAGAAAGAAGAAACAAUUAUUAGAAAGGGAGUCCAUUUUUUAUGAAAAGGAUUUAGACAGUAGUAUGACCAAUACGUCGUUAAGCAUGUAUCUGGACAAUAAAAUAUUUGGAAACCUACCGCUGAGGUUAUUCUUUAUUUUUUUGCUAAGUUCCAUUGUUUAUUUAUAUUUCGGAUUCCAUUUUGUUUUAAAUGGAUACAAGAAUUUUAAGAAUGGAAUAAUUAGUAUGAACGUUUUAAUAUCAAUAAGUUCCUCGUUUUCGUACUUUUACUCUCUUCUCCUUCUGCUCUUCUGUUUAUUUUUUUCUAUUGACUUGGAUGGAAUUCCACUCUACUUCGACUCGUCCGCUUUGCUAAUAUGUAUAAUGAAGCUGGGGUUCGAAAUUGAAAAUUUUCUAGUCAGUUUUACGAAUAAGAAAAUAGAAGAUUUGUAUGAGAAAAACACCAAUCAAGUGUACAUACUGGAGAAGAGGAAUGACAAAACGGAAGAUUCUCCGUUAAAGAAGCAGAUAAGUAAUUGUACAAUUGCCAGUUCGCAAAAUGGGAAAGACAAUGAGGUCCCUGUUAGUCAUAGCAACUUAAGUGACAAUCGGAAUAUGUUCCCAAGUAGAAAUGAAUAUAUAUCUCCUGUUGGAAGCAGUGGUCUGUCUGAACUUUGCAAAAAUAGCGUUGAGUUUUCGAGCAAAGAGUUUAGGGUAGAGGAAGGAAGGGGUGCAGGAGCAGGAGAUGAUACCCCCUGCAAUGGGAAGAUCCUCUUUCCUCAUGAACGCAAAGGAAUAGAUAUAAACAAAAUAUUUUUUGAAAACAAGAAGAUAAAUAUAAACGAUUUUACGAUAAAUAGUUACCCAGUCCAAUUUAUCCAGAAGCACGAUAUUUUGGUGUUUUACGAAGGUGCCACGUUACUAGUUGAUGGAAUAAAGAUGAAUGAUGACAUGUCCUAUGUGGACGAAAGUAUGAUAAGUGGGGAGAAAAAACCGAUUACCAAAUUCAAAGGGGACAAAAUAUAUGCAGGGUCUAAAUGUGUACAGGGGAUGAUAAUUCUUUUUGUUGAUGAUAUUUCCAAGGGGAAUUAUAUUGAAUAUGUUAAAAAAACUUUAGACGAAGUGAACUGCAAAAAAACGAAUUUACAAUUAUAUGCAGAUAAAAUAGCCAGUAUAUUCAUCCCAUGCAUUAUAGGGUUAUGCAUUGUGGUAUUUUUCAUUUGGUUUUUCCUGACCUAUUUUGAUUUUGUAAAUAUAAGGAAGGAUAAUUAUUUUAAGCUGAACAGAUUUUUAUCAUGUGUAUUUUUCUCCAUACAUUUUUCUUUAUCAAUUUUAUGUGUGGCUUGUCCCUGUGCCGUUGGCUUAGCGAGUCCUCUGUCCAUUGCCAUCAGCUCGUACAUAUGUAGCAGUAUAGGAAUAAUAUUAAAAAAUAUAAAUAUCUUCGAAAUAUUCCUCGAAUGUAAUCAUUUCAUUUUUGACAAGACGGGCACACUAACGGUUGGGAAACCAGUGGUAAACAAAGUGUACGUAUCCUCCAAUUUAGAGCUCUUCACAGAUCAAUUCUUGAAAGGUGCGCCAAAGAACAAGCUUGUUGUGAAUUUUAGGGGAGACGAUAUGAACAGUGCAUUAGACUCCCUCUCUAGCGGUGACUACCAUUUUGGCAAUUUUCGUCUGCGCAAAAGUGAAGAGAAAAAUAAAAGAGCACAUAAGUGUGCACCCAAUCGGAGUGACAUCAAUGAAGUGAGUGUAUACAGUCGUUUAGGUGAAAAUUCCGAUGGAGAAGAACAUUUUGGAAACAUGGACAACAGGGUAAAAUAUAAGGGGAACCUUUCACAAGGUUCGGAUGCCUAUGUGGGGGAUAUCUCUAGGAAGAAUGAACAGAGAAACCGAAUGGGUGGAAAGGAGGAUACGUGGUCAGCAAACGAAGGCACCCUGAUGGAAGAGCAGAAAAAUGACAGAAAUGAUAAGGGUAAUAAUAAGACGUUAAAUUUUAUAGAAAGCAUCAACUGCUCAGGCAAAAAUGUCACCUUCUAUUCCUUCACAACGCAAAGGGAGUAUUACAAAAUUGAGAUUAAGAAAUCUGUAAUGAGGAGAGAAGAAAAAAACAGUCCAAGGGAUUGCAACGACACGGAGAACCUCCCCUGUAGUGGAAGGAAAUCCAUAUUCAAUCGCAUACUGUCAUUUAUAAAUGAUAAAAGGAAGAAAAGUAAAUAUAACCAGAUAGGAGAUCCUACACUCAAGGAGUAUUUUAUAAACAGUGAGGAAAUGUCCAUUUAUUCAGAGGACGAUUCUUAUACGAGCGAAACGAGCAGCGAAAAUAAUGACACUACCGUAACUGAUACACAGAAAGAUGGACAAAUGGCAUACGAUGGUCAGAUUAAACAAAAUGAUGAUGAUCCAUAUGAUAGUGAAAACAAUUUAAGUGAAAAGAUUACCAACUGGUUAUACCUCUUUUUAAGCUUAAGUUCAAAUUUGGAAAAAUAUAGUAACCAUUUAUACGCUACGUCAAUAAAUACGUUUAUAAACUCCAAUUUUUGCAUUAAUGAAACAUUUGAUGUGGAAAAUUUGAAGAGCGAAAAAAGCCAGGGAAUUACAGGUAUAGUAAAUGACCUAUCGGUUACCAUUGGCACGUUGUAUUAUUGCUAUAGCAAAUAUAAGAAUACCCACUGUAGACAGGUAGCAGAAAGUGUUGAUGAAAAAUUGAAUAUGAAAAAUUUGGAAGCCCAUCUGUACUCCUGUGAUUGUAAUGUACACAAGACUUAUCAAUACCUGUACAAUUAUUCCAAUAGCAAAAAAAACGAAAGUAAUAAUAUUAUUUUUAUGUGUAUAGAAGGAAUAAUCGUCGGAUUUUUUACCCUCGUGGAUGACAUAAAACCGGAGGUGUUUGAUUUGAUUAGGUACCUAAAGAGGGAGCGCAAAAAGGUGUACGUUUGUACCGGAGAUAAUUAUGUGAAUGCUCUUUACAUUUCCAAAAUUUUGGGGAUAUCAAAAAGGAAUGUCUCCUCGAAUACAUUACCCAUGGAGAAGGUCCACUUUGUGAAAAAGAUACAGGCACUCGGUAGUGGAAAAGUGUGCAUGAUAGGAGACGGAAUAAACGACUGCUUUGCUCUGAAGAGCGCGGACUUAGGGCUGUCCCUGAGCACGAGGUCAAACGUGGUCAUGGACAGCGCCGACGCGUGCAUCGUCGACAACGAUAUAAGCGUUAUAAGGAAGUUGUUUGAAAUAAGCAGAAAAACCUUGAUAGUAAUCAAAUUCAACUUUUUGUUUUCCUUCCUCAUCAACAUCUUUUUUAUUCUCUUGGCAAGCGGGUCGUUCUACGCCCUGAACUACGUCUUUUCGCCUUUUCUGUUCACCUUUUUGAUGUUUUGCAGCUCUAUCAUUGUGAUUCUCUCCUCAUUGUCUUUGAAAAUCCUUCUUCGGGAUAUAUGA